AUGACUUCAAACAGAAGUAAAACGGACAAGCCAGUUGCUGUUCUAUGGGGUUGCGAGCUGAAUGCCCAACAGAAGACGCAGAAGUUUGAAAUUACAGAUGAUGAGGUCGCUGAACAUCAUCUGGCCUUGAAGACGAUAUGUUUGGGCGUUGGUGCUAAGGAUGAACUGAACAUUGUGGAGAUCGUGUCACCUGUAACGCCUCGCACUAGAUUUACCUCACCAGUGUCAAGAAUUCUGGACAAUGAGAAGUCCAUCCUUUGCUACUUCUUCAACCGGGAUCUUCAGGCAGACUCUUUAUGUCUUGGUUUUGCCUGCUGGUAA